CUCUUAGCAGGGGGGCUCUUUUUCUUGUAAUGGUCACUGUUGCCCAUCCAGGUGGUGUAUGAAAACAAAGCUACGGUUAUGAUGCGACCAACCAGAUUCUAAAUUCUGGUUAUGAAAUUAGAUCUACUUUUUGGUUAUAAAAUUAGAUCUACUUUUUGGUUAUGGUUGAUAGCAUUUCACGAAUUUGUAGAAUAGUUAGUCAACUUCCAGCCGAAAUGGUGAUAGUAUGCAUCCAUCUCUUUACUUGGCAUCUUUCAAAUUAAGUUGAAUAAAAGCGUGGUUUGGCGCGAACCUUGUGUAGAUCUAGUGCAACAAAAAAGUUCACCUACAUGGAGUUUUCAGUUUGUUAGCUGCAGGAAUGACUCUGAUUGUUUGCUCUUCAAAGUUGACACACGGAUAUGUAGGAUUCUAUUGCAUAUUAGCCUUCAUCUGUAGCAGCAUUUGAUCAACAGAAACUGUUUCGCUGGUUGUUACAAGCCUUGAAAAUGCAGUAUACUUGUAACAAAAGCGUUCAGUAAUUUUUCAGCAAAUUUGGAUACUGUACAGACUUUAAUCAUGCAGCGAGUAACCUUAUUACAUACAGAAACGCUCUAUGGCAAACAUGAUGAUGACUAGCACUCAGAGAAGCGAAAGUGCGAAUCACAUGCUCAGGACAUAUGUGCCUCCUGGAUCGGCAAUGUACGUGUUUGUUAAACAAUUUAACAAAUUGUUGUAUGAUAGGGACGUAGAAGAGAGCUUCCAGGAGAAGAGGACACGCCUGGGUGGGGUGGUUUGCAAGGUUGGUGAGCCUAUGGAGAAUCAUGCCGCAAAGAUCUACAUGCGAACAAUGUUCGAGAAGUUCCAGGAUAGUAUGUACAAGAUUGGUUCUUACUACGCCGACAAGGUGGUGCCAGGGGAGAUGUAUGUUACAACACAUUUUGAUUGCGAGAGCCGAGAGAAGUGGUGCAAGGUGCAGUACAAGGUUUCGGGUAGCGGUGGCUAUUACACAUGCGAAUGCGGCAUGUAUGAGCACAUGGGCAUGCUCUGCUGCCAUGUCCUUAAGGUUCUGGUCCACCUCAGGUUCAAAUUGACGGUGGACGCGCGCGACGUGUUGCCCAUGCACCGCUAUACCUCAAUUGCAUGGAAGUGGGAUGUAAAUGUUGAUGCAUACACCACAACAAUGGAGUCCAUAAAGGUUAUGGUGCCAAAGCUCAAGAAGGUAGGUGUCGAAGGGGAUGGUUUAGGUCUCGAGGCGAGGCUCAACGUGAAGAAAGCUCGGGUAGAUGGUGCGGCUGCACAAAUGGUCGUGCAAGCUCAUGAUCUGAUCAAUUGUUCUUUCUUUGUAAUAUGGUGGCGAGAAGCCUGCGCCUGCUGGGGGAAGCGCCAUGGGAGCUCGAGCAACCAGAUCGGGCCAUUGUUUUGUUGUGGAUCUGGAUGGGGGGUUGAGCUGCUCGGUGUGGCCCUGGAUCUGGGUAAUAUAGCCAAGCGGAUGCGGUGGAACAUGAUGGUCUGCUGGCUGCUGCCUACCGCGUCGAACUAUUCUCUUCUUGGUUCGCACCAGAGCGUUGCUUACGUUGGAGGUAGUUGGCCGUCCGCGCCGGGCGUAUUCCGUGCCUGA